AUGGCUUAUUGUCGGAUAAUUCUGCACCUCCUCUUGGCGAUUCUCAUGGUCUACGUUUCCUACUUGAGACAAAUGUUGAUUCUUGAGCAGAGAGUGGAAUUCUUAGAGAUCUUUCCGUCUUCGCCUUCACCGAGCAAUUCCUCGUCCUUGGACCCGGAUCCUCGAUGGUGGAUUUACCAGUUUCUCUUGUCCGCGAAGCAUGAAGAGAAGCUCGAAACCGGAAACUCCUCUUCUCGUCCGAUCGAGUACGAUUUCUACCAUGAUUCGUGCCCGAAAGCCGAGCAAAUCGUCCGAGCCAUUGUCGAGGACCUCUACAGAGCCCGCCCCGAAGUCGCCCCCGCGCUUCUGCGCCUUCUCUUUCACGAUUGCUUCAUCCAGGGAUGUGAUGCCUCGGUCUUGUUGGACUCAACUGAAGGAAUGACUUCGGAGAAAGAUUCUCCUUUGAAUGAAUCUUUAAGAGGAUUUGGUUUGAUUGACCAAAUCAAGUCAAAGCUCGAAGGACAUUGCCCUGGAGUUGUUUCUUGUGCCGACAUUCUUGUCUUGGCUGCUAGAGAUAGCGUUGCAUUGUCUGGAGGACCAUUCUAUCCCGUGUAUACCGGUAGAAGAGACAGCACUGUCGCUUUUUCGGACCGUGCAACGGCUGAGCUUCCGAAUCCCUAUGAUCAUCUUCCUGUGCAUCUUGCCUCGUUUGCGUCUAGGGGAUUUGAUGGAAGAGAAAUCGUCACCCUCUUAGGUGCUCACAGCAUUGGAGUGAUCGACUGCAAAUUCUUUGAAAAACGUCUCUACCACUUUGAUGGAAGUAAUAAGCCUGACCCAUCCCUGGACCUUGGAUUUCUGGACCUCAUGAGGACAAGAUGCAACAACAGUAACAUAGAAUCUUCUCAAGGACCAGAAACUUCUUCACCUGACUCACCCUCAUUGACAACAGUUCAUAAUUCAUCAACCGAGGAGCGGGGACUAGUGCCUAUGAACUAUGAAGGAUCAGCUUUUGGGACCCAAUACUACCACAGCCUUUUGCAAGGCAAAGGAAUCCUCUAUGCUGAUCAGCAGCUUAUGGCAAUGGAAGAAACUGGGAACUGGGUUAGAGCAUAUGCUUUGGAUGCCUCGUUGUUCCGCCGAGACUUUGCCUUGGCAAUGAUGAAACUCUCGGACCUCCAAGUCUUGACAGCUCCGAUGGGCCAGAUCCGGCUCACUUGUUCGAAAGUGGCAUAA